GGCAAGACUGCAAAAUGAAAAGAGAGAACUGCGACGGACGGGCUAAAAGGGGCAUGCAAAAGCGCGGAUAUGGGAAUGGCAAUCUUCUAAGCUUGGAAAAUGCAAUUCCAGAGCUGUAAAAGCAUCGAAUCUUCUUUUUAGCCCUUUUCCAGCUCUGGAUUUCUGAAAUUUUGUUGAGGAGAGAGAGAGAGGGGGUCGAUCACAUGGCUUCUACUCCUCAUCAGACUCAGAUUCCUCUCCCUUCCCAGUCAGGAGGCAAAGAACCAGAUCUUGAUACCAAGUUGUCGCUUGUUCCCAUCUGUAUUGUCACUGAUGCAUCUCAACUCCCACCUGAGUUUCUGGAGCCCUCUGUUGAAAGGCAGUUGGUCAUUGGUUUUGAUUGCGAGGGUGUUGAUCUUUGUCGACAUGGAGCUCUGUGCAUCAUGCAGCUUGCGUUCCCGGAUGCCGUUUAUUUGGUUGAUGCUAUUCAAGGUGGGAAGGUGCUUAUGCAAGCCUGUAAGCCUGCACUUGAGUCUAGUUACAUCACAAAAGUUGUUCAUGAUUGCAAACGGGAUAGUGAGGCAUUGUAUUUUCAAUUUGGGAUCAAGUUGAACAAUGUUAUAGACACCCAGAUUGCAUAUUCUCUGAUAGAGGAGCAAGAGGGAAGAAAACGAUCACCUGAUGACUAUAUAUCUUUUGUUGGCCUCCUUGCAGAUCCACGCUAUUGUGGUAUAUCAUAUAUUGAGAAGCAAGAAGUGCGUGUCCUUCUAAGACAAGAUCCUGGAUUUUGGAUGUACAGACCUUUAUCUGACUUGAUGGUCCGUGCUGCUGCAGACGAUGUUCGCUUUCUCCUCUACAUCUAUCAUAAAAUGAUGGAGAAGUUGAACCAACGAUCAUUAUGGCUUCUUGCGGUACGGGGUUCCCUUUAUUGCCGCUGUUUCUGCAUCAGUGAUAACGAGCAUGCGGAUUGGCCGUCUCUUCCCCCUAUCCCAGCAGAUAACCUAAUUGCAGAAGGAGACAUUCCUGAAGAGGAGAUCCUAUCAGUGCUAGAUGUCCCAUCUGGCAAAAUGGGCCUAGUGAUUGGAAGAAGAGGAGCAUCUAUCAUGGCAGUAAAAGAAUCUUGCAAUGCGGAAAUUCUCAUUGGAGGUGCUAAAGGACCACCGGAUAAGGUAUUCAUCGUAGGACCUGUGAAGCAGGUCCGGAAAGCAGAAGCAAUUCUUAGAGGGAGGAUGUUGGAAAUGUACUAAAGCCUCUCACUUAAAUCUUGAAACCAUGUUUUCUCAGACAUGUUUGGUUUUCCUUGGAUAAUACAUAUAAGCUUUGCUGUUGAAAACUCAUUUCCAUGAAAAUAUGUGCUUCUGAGGGGUUGUGCUA